AUGGCCAUCACGCUGGGUAGAUCCAAAUUCUCCCAAAGUCGAUGGCGACAAGCUGCGUUUUACUUCGCCGUUGCAGCCUUCUCAACUUUUUUAAUCAACUUUGUAUUCACACUAUGGGCGAGCAUCCAGAAACGUGACACGAUAAGUGACGGUGUCGGUAUUUUGCUUGAUACGGACUGUUCAACCAUCCGAAUACUAAAUACCGGGGUCCACAUUCUGAUCAACGUCCUUGGUAUAAUUCUUCUUGCUGGUAGUAAUUACUGUAUGCAGUGCUUGAUGGCGCCAACCCGGCCAGAGAUUGACGACGCACACGCCAGACAAAAUUGGCUUGACGUUGGGGUCGCCAGUAUUCGAAACUUUUGCAACAUCACAUGGAAGAAGAAGAUUGUCUGGGUAUUAAUUACAGCUUCAUCCCUUCCAUUACAUCUGGUAUACAACUCCAUCAUUUUCAGCUCGACAUCAGUGAACAACUACAGCGUCUUGAAUACGAAUUCGUACGUUUCAAAGAACAAGACCGAAGGCGCACUCAACAGUGCCGACUGGAAGAGCAUGUACUCGGAUUUUCUUGGCGAUAACGUCGAGGAAAUGGACGCAACACGAUGCAUCGACGCCUACCGAGUCGCUUUCCAGUCCUCGCGAGGAAACUUACUUCUUGUAUCUGAUGAUAAGAAGGAAGAAAAUCGUACAGCCGAGGUCUUCAAUAUUUCGGGAUACCCAUAUCUUUGGAUGUGCGGCCAAUCCGGAGAAAGAAUUGCCGGCAUACUCGCCGGUAACUCGACAUGCGAGGACUAUCUGGUCGAAUUGCGAACUACGUCGGGGGGCUGGAAGCCUCUAGGAUCAAGCGUCAAGGAAUGUUACAGCCAAAAGACUGAAGAGCAUUGCAAGCUCCUCUUCAGCAGCACUCUCUCUUGGACUGUGACGGCGUGCAACUUUGCCAAAGGCGUCCUGAUGCUCUUCGUCGCCUUCGGCAUGGGCGAAGAAGAUCCUCUGAUGACCAUUGGGGAUGCAGUGACCUCUUUUCUUGAAGAUCAGGAUGAGUCGACUGCGGAUAUGUGCCUCAAGUCCAAGGACCACUUCGUUGCCCAACAUUGGUCCAAAGGUCCAAUACAAUAUGAUUUCAAACCGCAACGGAAGUCUGUCGCCGUUAGCCCAGGGGCUUGGUUUCUAUGCUUCUUGCUGUACUUUGGACUCAUUAUCGCCUGUGCAAGUUUGCUGGUUGGAGGCCUGAAUCACAUGUCAGGUGGCGGCGAUAUCAUAAAGCUUGGUCUCGGCGCCAUGCAGACCAAGACCAUCCUGAACACGGGUGACAUGAGUCAGGGAUCUAUACUUGCUAAUAUUCUGCUUGUCAACACGCCGCAAAUUAUUCUCUCACUCAUUUACUUCACCUACAAUGCCCAGUACACCAGCAUAUCCUUGAUUACUGAAUGUGACAGGUUCGGCAACGAGAAGGAGGCAAAGAGCCUUCGCGUCUCGUCUACACGCAGAGGAGCUCAGCGAGAUACUUACUUUCUUCAACUGCCGUACCGCUACUCAUUCCCUCUUGUAACAUUUUCAGGUGGACUUCACUGGCUCAUUUCUCAGAGCUUCUUCCUCGUCAACCUGGAGGUAUAUGUCCCUUCAGCUGAUGGCAGGUCCAUGGUACGACUAGUAGAGGGGAACUCGUUUGCCGGUGUGACAGCCUGCGGAUGGUCGCCACUCGGGGUUUUGUGUGUUCUCGUGGUAACUAUCUUCAUGAUGGGAUUCCUCGUUGUCACGGAGAGACGUCGUUUGCGAUUCGGGGUCAUGCCCGUGGCGGGCAGUUGUAGCGCGGCCAUCUCUGCUGCUUGUCACCCUGACUCGGAUGAGGGAAAGAUGUGGGAGAAGACUCUGAGAUGGGGCGUAGUAGAUUCAUCUACCGUCGGGCACUGUUCUUUCUCUUCUGAGCCAGUCUCGGUCCCGACCCGUGGUCGUUUGUACUCGUGA